AUGGCCGAUUCAUCGGACAAGGUCUCUGUCCUUUUUGUGUGCCUGGGUAAUAUCUGCCGCUCUACGAUGGCAGAGGGUGUUUUUCGGUCGCUCGCAAAAGCCCAUCCUCAUAUCGGUGAAAUCGACUCUGCCGGCACUGGCGCCUACCACACCCUCGAUCCCCCAGACUCUCGGACAAUGGCGACCCUCCGCAAGCAUGGCAUUACAGAUUAUGAACAUAGCGCGCGGCAGGUUGACACCCAAGACUUCCAUUCUUUCGAUUACAUUCUUGCCAUGGAUACAUACAACCUGAGAGACCUGCAACGGCUACGACGCCGAGUAGAAAGCAAAGGACAAACCCCCAGGGCGAAGGUGAUGCUCUUUGGUGAAUUCGGUGGAAAGGAGAAGGCCGAGGAGGUCGUCGAUCCAUACUAUGGUGCCGACAAUGGAUUUGAGGCUGUCUACCAGCAGGUUAGUAGGUUCUCGAAGAAUUUACUUGAUCAUAUCGUUGCACAAAGAUCGUGA